AUUUUUCUUAGAUGUAUAUAUAAUUAAUUAAAUAAUACAAUAAAUUGCACCCAGAAACCCUAAUUUCUCCGCCGCCCAAUCACCCCACUCCAAUUCGAUUCUUCCCAAACUCAUCACAACACCACCACCCAUUUUUGUAUUACCGCGAGGAAGUUCGCCACCCAGUCGCCGCUCGCCGUCGAAGCUUCCGGCGAUUACAAGAAACCAUGAAAGUAGCUACUUUAUACCGAAUUGCUCGCGCAAACUCCAUUCUACCGAACCUAGUUCAACGUCGUUGUUUCCAAGCUGAUUUCGUUCCGAGAGAUCCCAAAUCCAGCCCCAAAAGAUACAAAUACCCUGCUUUCUACGACCCGUACGGGCCAAGGCCCCCACCCUCGGAAAAGAUUCUCCAGCUCGCCGAAAAAAUCGCAUCUUUGCCAUUACAAGAGCGAAUGCAGAUCGGUCCAGCUCUGAGGGAAAAGGUAAUGCAUCCCAAGCUGGAACAUAUUUCCGUUGAAGGAAUUGAUUUGGGUGCUCCCGGAGGAGCACCUUCUAAGGCGGAGGAGAAGAAAGCCGAGAAAACCACUUUCGACGUCAAGCUGGAGAAAUUCGAAGCAGGUGCGAAGCUUAAGGUUAUCAAAGAGAUUCGGUCCUUCACCGAUCUUGGAUUGAAGGAAGCUAAAGAUUUGGUUGAGAAAGUGCCCGUUUUACUCAAGCAGCAGAUCACGAAAGACGAGGCGACUAGCAUCAUUGAGAAAAUCAAAGCUGUUGGAGGAGUUGCAGUGAUGGAAUGAAUACUAGUGCGCUCUGUUACUAUUCGAUAGGUUGGUUCUUUAUGAUUUUUUUUUUCUUCUGAUUUGAUACGUUUAUCUAUUUUGGGAAUGAGGAUAAUAAUUCGUUUUCACACUUCGAUUUUUUAUGUUCGAAACCUUGAAAUCCCGAGAUAAAUAGAUGACCAUGUUUGCUGCAUUGCUUGCUGAGUCGAGACCUCUCUUUUGUACACACUGUUAAUGUAUUCAACAAGAAUUGAGAUUUUCCUGUUGCUCU